UUGUCAUUUCAGGCGAGAAACGUGAGCUUUAGCGGUGUUAUAACGGUACAGGUGACAGUAGGUCUCUUUGCAACUAUACAAGGCCGAGUCUGGGUGACAUCCAAGGAUUCGCGUGUAGAUGUUACUUUGAACUGGAAUGACUUCGAUAUCUCUCCCGAAACAAAAUUGAGUCUGGACCUCAAUAUUACGUUUACUCAUGACUUAUAUAUGGCAAACAUUCUGAAACCAAUAAUUGAAAAGACUGUUUCCUCAUUGCUUAAUUCUUAUUUACCUAAACAGGUGACUAAAUUAACGAAGACUAAAUUAAAUCCUCUCCUUCACAAAGCGAAACAACUUCUAACCGAAAACAUGGGUGACGGUUGGGCCGUGCAGCUGAGUACGCAGGACCAACAUUUGCAAAUUGCCCUCAAACCCCGAAGGUACGCGAAUUCCAUGUUUCGUGGAUGA